GUUGUCUACUCUAUUGGAUUUCCUUGUGUGUGUUUUUUGAGUGUGAGGCUACUCCUUUUUUUUUUUUCUUUGGUUUUCUAUUCUUUUCUUUUCUUUUUUGCCCCCACUUUUCUCUUCUCGUCCUUGGUUCUCUUGUUCUUCUCAUUCACACCCAUCCACAUACAACACUUGCGCACACAUCCACACACAUGGCGCUGCGCGUGGUCCUGCUGCCGCUGGUGCUCGUUGCCGCAUGCAUUGCAUUGACGACGCGGCCCGCUCUGUCGGCGUAUGUGGAGACAUUAAUGUCAAGUCGUUACAAUCCCUACACGCCAGCUGGAGUGACUGGGUGGAGUUUCUUCGAGAGUCUGGACUCCAAUUGCUACAUUAAAGCUAUUUCCAGCGACUACGACAAUGGUGCACAGGAUAGAAAUUGGAGAGUCCAAGCUGCAUGUAUUACCUCCACUGCCGGUGAAUCUUACACGAGCGGCUCCUUCGUCAUCCCGGGGGUGACGGGGCCGACUGGGUUUCCCAACAAUGGAUCAUGGAACUCUCUCAAUGGCGCCUUGAACAAGUAUUUGAGCUACGGAUACAUGUUGGACGGCCUGGGGUCCACUUUCGAUGCUACUUGGAAAGAUCGAUACUACGAGGGCCGUGGUAGAGCCACACCAGCGGAAUUUGAAACGGGCACUUGCGCGUGGCUACCGACGGCGAACGCGGCACUAGGCCCACUCGGCGCCACUUGCAGCGGCACCUUUUCUUACUUUGCCGGCGUGAGCUCGACUUACGACAACACCAACAAGGACCGCAUCUGGAAGUACUAUUGCUGUGCAAUGGCACCAAAGGCCUGUCCGGCAAUUCCAGCGCUGACCAAUGGAACGUGGGUUUGUCCAUACACCACUGUGGGAGCCGUCUGCAACCAAACGUGCUCGCUGGGAUCACGUCCAAGCACGUCUGGAGCGACCGUCACUUGUCAGAGCAACAAAGCGUGGACGACCUCGACGGCGACCUGCAACCUCGGAAGCUGCGGUAGUUUGCCCACAGUUGCGCAUGGGAGCUUUUCCUGCAGCUCUGGCAGUCUGUAUGGCGCAUCGUGCUCGCUCGGCUGCGACGAUGGCUACCAACCCUCAGCUCCCACGUCCAUCAGCUGCGGGGACACUGGCACGGCAUUUGCAUGGUCGACGCCCAGCAAUGGCUGCGGGCUUGUCUCGGCGUAUUGCGAUGCGGCCUUCACGAUCGCACCAGAGCAUGGCUCGGUCGAUUGCGGGACAUCCCCGCAGCAGCUCGGCACGGUCUGCAGCUACAGUUGCAAUGCUGGCUACAUUCUUGCCACAGAAGGUGGCACGGCGACCACCCGGACAUGCGCUACCCUCAAUAGUGCCCAAGGCCAGUGGACUGGCGGAUCGUACCCGGUAUGCGUGCUCGACCCGGCGUACUGCUCGGGAGUGUCCGCUCCGACGCACGGCGAGGUGAACUGCGACAACCGCGCCCUGGGUGGCUCGUGCGUCUACGAAUGCACGUCUGGAUAUCAGAUUCGCGGCCAGGCCGCGCACACUACCUUCACGACCACAUGCACUGUGAGCGACUGGUCGGCGGCCGCUCCAGUGUGCGAUCCUGUCGAGUGCUCGACGCUGUCGUUGCUGUUUGGUGACGUGACGUGCUCGGCUGGAAUGCACUACCCUUCGACCUGCACGGCCUUUUGCCACGAAGGUUUCGAUCUGAGCGGAGCUGUUACAGUGGUGACGUGCAAUGCCAGUGCUCAAUGGGAUGCAGACCUUUCUGCCCUCUGCACAGUGCACUACACCCCUCCUGCUUCAGACGAUGCUCAAACCACGGCGAUUACAGCCGGCGUUGGCGCGGGCGUUGUGUGCCUGCUGUUGCUUGCGCUGAUUCUGAUCGUUAUCCUGGCUCGUCGUCGUCGUGCCGUAAAGAGAACCUCUCCGAGCACUCUCGAAGCAAGAAAUGGUGGCGGCAGCGUGUUGGAUGCUCCACUUGUUCGACACGAUGAAGCGGCGCCCAACUCACCUGCCGCCGAUGCCAACUAUGACGUUCUUGGCCAGCAUCGGACCGAUACUGACUUGACCGAGCAAGGAUACUCGUCGCCCGGUGCGAUGUCCGGAUAUUCAACUCUUGGCUCUCCCAAAGCGAUCGAGGCCAACUACAAUGUUUCCACUGGAUCCGGCGUGUCGCAACCUCCCGAGUAUUCCAACUGAGUGUACUUUCGAUCAAAUUUCGUCGUUCAACAGACAUGUGUUAGGUGUGCUGAUUGGAUUCGGCGCAUGCCCCAGUUUUGCGUUUUGUGAAUGAUUCUGCCGCCGAGUUUUUCUUUUUUUCUGUUGAAUCAAUUUGUUUUUUGUGCUUCUUGUCGCGCAUCUCUGUUUCAAUCGAACAAGUCGAGUUGGAUGGCAUCCUAAACAGCUGGG